AUGUCCAUCCGCGGCCAGAUUCGGGUUCUGAACGUGGCUGAGAAGCCUUCGGUGGCGAAAUCGGUGGCGGAGAUUCUAUCCCGCGGUGGCAGCGGCAUGAGGUCCCGCGAGGGCCGCUCGCGCUACAACCGCGUUUUCGAGUUCGAGUACACAAUCGGCGGCCAGCUCUGUCACAUGCUAAUGACCUCCGUGACUGGCCAUCUCAUGGAGAUCGACUUCGAAGAUCGCUUCCGCAAGUGGCAUUCCUGCGACCCCGCGGACCUCUACCACGCCCCCAUCCGCAAGUACGUCCCGCAGGACAAGUUGGAUUUGAAAAGGACGCUGGAAGAAGAGUCUAGGAGGUGCCACUGGCUUGUAUUGUGGUUAGACUGCGACAGGGAAGGGGAAAAUAUUGCAUUUGAAGUGGUUGAUGUUUGCACUUCUGCAAAUAGUCACCUCAACAUAUGGAGAGCUCGUUUCUCAGCAUUGAUAGAUAGGGAGAUACAUGCAUCUGUUCAGAAUCUUGUUCGACCCAACAAAUUGUUUGCAGAUGCAGUGGAUGCCAGGCAGGAAAUUGACUUGAGAAUUGGUGCAUCAUUUACUAGGUUUCAGACAAUGCUUCUAAGAGAUGCAUUUGUUUUAGAUUUUGCUGGGGAUGAUCGAAGUAUUGUUCUGAGCUAUGGCCCUUGUCAGUUUCCUACUCUGGGUUUCAUAGUUGAAAGGUAUUGGGAGAUACAGGCACAUGAACCUGAAGAAUUCUGGACCAUUAAUUGUUCUCAUACUUCCGAAGAGGGCACUGCUACUUUCUCUUGGAUGAGAGGACACCUAUUUGAUUACACAUGCGCUGUUAUAAUUUAUGAAAUGUGUGUUGAAGAUCCCAUGGCAACUGUCACUGAUGUUAAACAUAAGGAAAAAUUGAAGUAUCCUCCUUAUCCACUAAGUACUGUCGAGCUCCAGAAACGGGCAUCUAGAUUUUUUAGGAUGAGUUCCGAACAUACAAUGAAGGUAGCUGAGGAGCUUUACCAGGCUGGAUUCAUCAGUUAUCCACGCACAGAGACGGAUGGUUUCUCAGUUAACACAGAUUUACAUGCUAUUGUACGUGAGCAAGUUGUAGAUCCAACUUGGGGUCCAUAUGCCCAACAACUUUUGGACCCUGAGGUGAGGCUUUGGAGAAAUCCUAGUAAUGGUGGACAUGAUGACAAAGCACAUCCUCCUAUUCAUCCAACAAAGUUAUUUGCUGGUGUGCCAGGAUGGACUGAAGAUCAUAAGAGAUUGUAUGAAUUUGUUGUGCGCCAUUUCCUUGCUUGUGUAUCACAACCAGCUGUAGGAGCUGAAACUAAGGUUGAGAUUGAUAUUGCUGGUGAACAGUUUUCUGCUACCGGGCUUGUGAUAAAAGCAAGAAACUACUUGGAUAUUUAUCGAUUUGAAUCUUGGGGAGGUGUAGUCAUUCCAACCUAUAAUAUUGAGCAACAGUUUAUUCCUACAAUUUUAACUCUUGAUUCAGGGGUCACAAGGCCGCCCCCUCUUUUAAGCGAGUCAGAUUUGCUUAGUUGUAUGGAUAAGGCUGGCAUUGGUACGGAUGCUACCAUGCAUGACCACAUCAAGAAGUUGCUUGAUCGGCAUUAUGCAACUAAAGAUGCAAAUACACGUUUUUCUCCUACAAAACUUGGAGAGGCAUUGGUGAUGGGAUACGAUGACAUGGGAUAUGAGCUUUGGAAACCAUACCUUAGAUCUAUGAUGGAGUGCGAUAUGAAGGAAGUUAGCAUGGGUUCAAAGAGUAAAUCUCAAGUGUUGGAAAGUUGCUUGCAACAGAUGAAAGCUUGUUUCUUAGAUGCAAGACAGAACAAAAUAAAGCUCUUAGAUGCAAUGGAAAUGUUCUUUGAGAGAUCUGGCAGAUCUGGAGAUGCACAAAAUUUUGGAGCAACUGUGAUGCAAUGCGGUGUUUGUAAUGAAUCAGAUAUGUUACUUAAACGUAGGCCGAACGGUGAUUUCAUGGUCGGUUGUCAGCGUUUCCCUCUUUGUAGGAAUGUAGUUUGGCUUCCAGGAGCAAUAUCAGAUGCAAAUGUAACUGGCAAUAUUUGCCCCAGAUGUACCCCAGGCCCUGUUUUUCUUAUUCAGUUCAAGUUUCGCCGAAUGGAGAUACCACCUAAUUAUGAUGUUGACCAUUUGGGGUGUGUUGGUGGCUGUGAUGAUAUCCUCAGAGAGCUGGUAGAAAUUUGUGGAACUGGUUCAAGGAAUGCAACUCCCAUGACAGCUAGAGGUCAAACAUCGGAUCCUCCAAAUGCUACCAAUAGAAGAAAUACCGGGUCAACUCCUUGUUCGCGUUGCAGACAAGCAGGGCAUUCAUCUAAUGAUUGCCCCUCUCAAGUUUCCCGCUCAUGCAGAGCUCAGUCUACAAUUUCUAAUUCUAGAAAUAGUGCAGGCCCCAUAUUGUGUAAUUGUGGUGAACCAUGUACGUUGAGGACUGCUAAUACAGAAAGCAAUAGAGGAAGGAAGUUCUAUGCCUGUCAGUCACGAAAUUGUGAUUUCUUUGUAUGGGAAGAAAAUCUAGAAAAUGGUGCAGCACAAGGUCGUGGUGCUGCUCGUGGGAACAGUGGAAGGUCAUCAUCCUCUACUGCAAGAAGGGGUGGCCGUGGUCGAGGCGAGAGAGGAGGUCAAGCUGAUGGCCUUAGAUUUGUAUCGGCAACUGGCGAGCGAGUACCAGGCAGUUGCUUUGUCUGUGGUGAUCCCUCUCAUUUUGCAAAUACCUGUCCUAACCGAGGAAGAAUAUGAAAAUAACUUCUCUGCCAGACGCGGCACCUGUCAUUGGUUAUCUGUGUUACAUACAUGGAUAUCUCGUGGAGCACAGUUCCACACCAUUGACUCUGUAGUCUUGCUGCUUUUUUUUUCAAGGAUUUAAGAUCUGAAUUUUUUUAAAGGUUGUGCGUUCUGGUAUGCAGAUGAAUCAUUCAAAUGUUUCACACUUGUGAUUUCAUUUGGGACAGUUUUUUUUUUUUUUCUGACUUUUUAAGUAGUUUUUUUGUACAAAAUUACUUUAAAAGCAGUAAGAAAGCUCUCACAAACGAAGUCUAUUAUAUCAGCUCCUUAACCGUCAAUUUUCUGUAGAAUUCCCUGACUCGUUCUAUUCAACAUUUCUAAUUUGAAAUUUGACCGUUAAUUCAACGGUCUGAUGUGAA